AUGGCAACCUUCCGCAGUGUCGUGCUUGGCCAGCCCGAGAUCGCAUCGAUCGUCUUUGGCUACCAGACUGGCGUCUAUGAAGACGUGCGUCCAGCCUUCAUCGCCUGCGAGGAGCUCGUCGAGUUUGACGCGAGCAAGAAGCUCUACAUGUGCGACGCGUCGUUGUACGAGGCAUUUGCGCCAAGCGGCGGUGCGUGGGCAGGUCCCAAGCAAUUCCGUUCGUCCGAGUACCUUUUGCGCACCGAUGUGCGCGAUAAAAGCCUGCCGCUGCACUUGGCCAUUGCCGGCGGCUGUGCCCACCUGGCCACGCGCAUGCUGCAGUGCCGGCCGGACCUCGCCUCCGAAGAAGCGAUUCUCUUGGCGUUUAUCAAAGACCAGUUGGAGACGGUCGAGGUCCUUCUGGAUCUGCGAACGACGUUGCCUGCGCUUACGAAGCCUGUCUACCACGCGCGUCGUCAGCUCGAGAACGGCUACGUGUGGCGCUUCCCGGUGGGGUUUUUGGUCGACCUUCUCGCGAGAAAUGACACCAACGGCCUGUGUUUGCUUGCGCGCUUCGGCACUGGCCCCGAUGACUUUGAAGGUCGGCAAGAGCGCGAUGCCGAUUCCACCAUCUCGGAACGGGCCAUGCGGUCGGCCAUGCAGCGUGCGACGCUGGCCAACGCAACGCUCGCCCUCGACCUCUUUCCAUGGUUCGUCUACCCACGUCUCUUGGACGACGUGGCCGACAAAGGGUUCUUCUCGCUCGUACGCUCGCUGCACGAACGCGGUGUCGUGGGCUCGAGAGACGCGAUGGACAAAGCGGCGGCCAACGGCCAUUUGGCGAUCGUCCGGUUGUUGCACUCGCAGCGACACGAAGGCUGUACUCUCAAGGCCAUGACCGCAGCCGCAAUUAACGGCCAUCUGGAGGUCGUUCGCUUUCUCGACGCGCAUCGAAACGAGGGCUGCACGACGCGGGCCAUGGACGAGGCGGCGGCCAACGGCCAUUUGGAGGUCGUUCAGUUUCUCCACUUCAACCGAACCGAAGGCUGCACGUACAAGGCGCUUGACGGCGCCAUUACCAAAGGCCACCUUGACGUCGUUCGCUUCCUUCUCGAGUAUCGUUCCGAGGGUGCGUCACGUAAUAUCCUCAACCAAGCUGCCGGCAACGGCCACCUGCACGUCGUCCAGUACCUCCACGACCUCGGUUCGUUUGGCUGCACCGUCGCCGCCGUCGACUCGGCAAUUGCCGGCGGCCAUUUGGACGUCGUGCAGUAUCUGUUCGCCCACCGACGCGAAGGCUGCAGUCGCGACGACGCUGUUGCCAAGGCGCUCCAGAACGGGCAUCUGCAAAUGGCAACGUACCUCCUCUCACUCGGGUAUCCGUUCCCGACCUCAGCGAUCCGUUGGUACGUCAGCACGCUCCGCAAGCCCGAGAUGGUCGACGUUCUCCGCCUCUAUAUCGACAACGGCGGGGCCUUGGAUGCGUACUGCAUACUCUACGCAUGCGGUGCCCACAAUUUGCCGCUCGUCCAGCUUUUGCACGCGCACCCAAGUGAAUUCAGUGGCGCCAACUUGAUCGAGAUGGCGAUCAAGACCAAGGCGUGGGACGUCGUCGCCUUUCUCUUGGCCCACAGCGCGACAGCCAGCGUUUUGCUGCAAGCCCUCGAGCUGGAACUACCGAGCAGCCACCUCGAGCUCGUCAUGCAACUGCUGGAGCGUCAACCGGAGCUCCGCGACGAUAGGCUCCUUCAAGUGGCCCUUGGAGGCGGCAACGUCGAGGCGAUGCGGCGUCUCCUCGCGCUCGGCAUUGGCAACCCGCGCGAGUGCCUUCGCGAGAUUGCAGGGCGUCGAGAGCACGUGAGUGAGAGCAAAUUGCUCCUACCGUACUGCAUGCACCCGACCGACCACCUCAACAACGUCAUUUUUCUUUUCGAUCUGCUCGCGCUGCUGGACCGCCACCGUAAGACAACCUUCCGUUUGAUCGCGCAAGAGCUCUCGUAUCAAGAAGAAAUGGCCAGUGAAGCUUUUGCGCGCGCACCCAACGUGGCGGCCCGUGCUUCAACGCUGCUGGAGGCUGGCGAGGUCAUCGACUGGUCGCUGGCCGUUGUCAUUUGCCAGCGCUGGACGACCGAUGCAACCGCCAGCAUUGAGCAGCUCGAGAAGUCGACUGCGUUGGUGCACGACGCCGAGCUCCAGACGCAGCUCGAUCGUCUUCUCACAGCGCAGCGAUAG